AUGGAUGAAAAAUCGGUUGGCACAAUCUCCGUGCAAGGACCUUCACGCUGGAAAGUGUACGUUGAUGGCGCAACUAACCAAAGGGGGUCCGGGGUGGGAUUAGUUCUAAUAUCCCCUGAGAAGAUUACCAUAGAGAAAUCAUUGAGACUAGAGUUCUUAGCCAUAAACAAUGAAGCCGAAUAUAAGGUUUUAUUGAAAGGAAUGGCCAUGGUACAAAAAAUGGGGGGAAAGGCAGUGGAAGCAUUCUCAGACUCGAGACUAGUUGUGGGCCAAGUGAAGGGCAAGCUAGAGGCUAGAGAUGUGAGAAUGCAAGAGUACUUGAGUCAAGUCAAGCGCUUGCAAUCAGAUUUUGAAUUCUUCGACUUGUCACAUGUCUUUAGGAGUGAAAACACGCACGCAAAUUCAUUGGCCACUCUUGCCACCUCUUCGGCUUAG